AUGUCACAGCCAUGGGACUAUAUUGCUAAGCUUGUCUGCAUUGGUGAUUCUGGGACCGGCAAAUCCAGCCUCACCAUUCGCCUUUGCGAAGGCCGCUUCUCCCCUUCCCACGAUGUCACGAUAGGAGUGGAGUUUGGCUCGAGGAUUGUUCCGGUUGGGCCUCCCGCUUCUCUGGAGUUGGGAAUCAAUGAGCUCUCUCACACCGCAACUGGCCCCCUCAGCGAUGCGCCUUCAGAUGAGUCUGUCAACUCGGGCCUCCCCAGCCCUCCACGAAAGCCCCAGAAUCCUGCCAACCAGAAACGCAUGAAACUAUCGCUCUGGGAUACAGCUGGGCAAGAAACAUACAAGUCCAUCACCCGAUCCUAUUUUCGCGGCGCAUCUGGCGCCUUGCUCGUCUUUGACAUCUCGAGGCGUUCGACCUUUGUUUCGUGUACACAAUGGCUCCAGGAUUUGCGCCAAAUCGCAGAGGAGGGCAUUGUUGUUAUUCUGGUCGGCAAUAAAACAGACUUGGCCGGGCAGGGUUCCGGUUCAAAUCAUAGGCAGGUCACCCAGCAGGAAGCAGAGGAAUGGUGCCGUAUGAACAACGUGAUACGCUACACCGAAACCAGCGCCAAGUCUGGGGAUGGUGUGGAGCGGGCUUUUUUGGAAGUGGCUGAACGGAUAUACCGUAACAUCGAAGUUGGCAAAUAUGACCUGAAUGAUCGUCGCAGCGGGGUGAAAGGAUUCGGUGCAUCCGGGGGUGCCAACACUGGUGUGCCGAGAACAGUCACCUUGGGAAUGGAUGAUGCUAUGCGUAGGGGCAGUGGCUGGAGCGGGGGCUGUUGCUAA